AUGGAAAGUGAGAACACAAAGAAAAUACAGGAAAUGAAGACUGACCUGAAUUUACUAUUGGAGUGUCUAAAAUAUCAAAUGGACAACCCCUCGGCACAAAAGGAAGCUUUGAUCACUAUGUAUUCAAUUUGUGAACAAAAUAGUAAUGCAGGUGUUUAUUUUCGGGAUAUUGGUGGUUUGAUGUUUGUAAAAAAUCUUGCAAAGUCAAGUGAACAUAGCAUGGUAAAAGAAGGAGCCUUAUACGUAAUGGCAGCAAUUGCAGCAGGAAAUGUUUAUUGUCAGCAAACUUUGUGUACCUCAGAGUUAUUUGGAGACUUAAUUUUGCUCUUAUCUAAUGAUGAUUCAAACACAAGUUUGAAAAGAAUGUCUCUCUAUAUGGUUUUGGUUCUGGUUUCACAUAAUAGGUCUGGACAAAUCCUUGUGAGAGAAACAGGUUGUAUGGAAGUUCUGUUACAUUUGUUCAGGACAGUUCUUUCAAAAUGUGAGUUGAAUUUGCCAGAUAAUGAUUUCCAGAGUUAUCAGUUGUGGUCUUCAGUGUGCAGUACUCUUUGUGCUUGUGUCAACAAUCCUCAGAAUGAUGAGAAUCAAAUGUUUUGCUGUUCACUCUUUCCACAUGCUAAUGAGUGGCUAUUGAAGUGCAUAAAACCUGAGAUAAUUCGCCCUCUGUGCCCAUUUCUUGGAUUUACACUUGCAAAUAACACACAUGUUCAGAAGUGCUUUGUAUCUCUGGGUGGACUGGAUAUAUUGUCUCACGUUCUUGUACAACUGGAAUUGGAUUCACACCAGAAUGCUUCCAGUGUCAAGCUUGCAGUAAUGGUGACUGCAGCACUCGAUCAGUGUAUCACUAAUAACCCUUCUUUUGCAGUGGUAUUAUCCAAAUACCAGAUUGUUUCAAAACUUGUGGCAUUACUGCUUCAUGAAAGUCUAGAAUUAGAAGAAAAGCUUAGCAUAAUGCUUGCUCUUAGUCACUGCACAGAUUGUGAGGCAAAUCAGUAUGAACUUAUUAAAAAUAAUGGACUUCCACUCAUGAUACAAGUCAUAACUGACUCUAAGAAUGAGGAAUUAAACAAAAUGGCCAUGUAUGUGCUUAACAACUGCAAAAAACUUAGUGAGAAUGUAUCUCUAAGUCGACAAGAUUAUUCUUGCUAUGAAGAUGAAGGCAAACAAUUAAAUGACACAAAUGUGAAAAAGAAGAAUCUUGAGCAUGAGAAGAAUUCAAAGGAAGUUUUUCAUGCAAUAGAUCAACUUGAAAGAGAAGGAAAUGAGGAAAAAAUACAAAGAGGAAAAUAUAAGAAUGACAUUUCAUUUAUGAAAAUAAAUAUUCAGAAUACACUGAAACAGCCUUGUGAAAAAAGUAUCGAAAGCACCAAAACAGAAGACAAGGAUAAAAACCAUUCUAGACUGCUUCGCAGUUCUAGGUUCUGUGGAGUCAUGCCUAAAGCUUAUGCAAAUGGCAACCAAAUGGAGACCCCAGUAAAAAAUUCAAAUCUUGUUAAAUUUUGCUAUAGAGAGGUUGGGGAAAAUAAGGCUUUAAAUAAAGCCAGUUCAAACUAUAAUCAAAACUUACAUGGAAAAGUAACUUUCAACCAGAAAAAUUUUUCUUCUCAAACAAGUGACCAUGUUUUUAAACAUCCAAGUCAGGUUGUAAAAAAUAGAAAGCAGCAGUUACCAGGAGCAGAUCCAUUUACAUUGUGUUUAGACAUAAUAGAUAAAGAAGUUGGUAGUCUUCAAGCAAAUGAUGACUGUUCUAAAAUGUUGCUGAAUAGGUGUUCAGGUUGCAUAGCAGUAAGAAAAUCCCUCAAUAGCCGAAAUAUUAGCAAGCUGUUGCACUCUUGUCCUCACCGAUGUGACCAUCAUAAAAUCAUUGUGGAAGCUGAAGACAAAUAUAAAAGUGAAGUAAGGAAAUCAUUUUUCUGUAACAAAAAAAUUUUGCUGACCCCACGUAGAAGACAACUCAGGAUUGAAUCUACUACCCCUGGAGAAAUAAAAAAAAGAAGAAUUCGUAAAAAUUUUACCAAAGAAGAAGUAAAUUACCUUUUUCAUGGAGUUAAAAAAAUGGGAAAUCAUUGGAAUUCAAUUUUGUGGUCUUUCCCCUUUCAGCAAGGACGGAAGGCUGUGGACCUUGCUCACAAAUACCACCAGCUGAUUAAAGGCCCCAAGUGUGCAGCUCCUUGA